CCAACACACACAGCCCGCAGGACCGAGAUGAUUUUCUCUUACCUGUCCAUGUGGGUGCCCUCUCAAGGUUAGAACCGAAGCUAUGCGGGGCCGGCACAGUGUCUACCGCCGGAGGAGAGGAGCUGCGUGAAGAAGUGGCAGUGACCAGAGGAAGAGCGACUCUGCCCUGUUAACAUGAACAACAGCUCGCAGGUUAACCUGCCCAGAAGCUGGGCUGCUUCAAGUGGCUCGCUCCAGGAGAAGUCUGAGCACUCUUUCUUUCUUUUUUAUUACUAUAGGAUGGAGGAUGAAGCUGUCCUGGACAGAGGGGCUUCCUUCCUCAAGCACGUGUGUGAUGAAGAAGAAGUAGAAGGCCACCACACCAUCUACAUUGGGGUCCAUGUGCCGAAGAGUUACAGGAGAAGGAGACGUCACAAGAGGAAGACAGGGCACAAAGAUAAGAAGGAAAAGGAGAGAAUCUCUGAGAACUAUUCUGACAAGUCAGAUGUGGAAAACGCCGAGGAAUCCGGCAGCAGCAUCCUGAAACCACUCAUCUCUCCGGCCGCAGAGCGCAUCCGAUUCAUCUUGGGCGAGGAGGAUGACAGCCCAGCCCCUCCUCAGCUCUUCACCGAACUGGAUGAGCUGCUGGCUGUGGAUGGGCAGGAGAUGGAGUGGAAGGAGACAGCGAGGUGGAUUAAGUUUGAAGAAAAAGUGGAACAGGGCGGGGAGCGAUGGAGCAAGCCCCAUGUGGCCACAUUAUCCCUUCACAGCUUGUUUGAGCUGAGGACGUGUAUGGAGAAAGGAUCCAUCAUGCUUGACAGGGAGGCUUCUUCUCUCCCACAGUUGGUGGAGAUGAUUGUUGACCAUCAGAUUGAGACGGGCCUUUUGAAACCUGACCUUAAGGAUAAGGUGACUUACACUUUGCUCCGGAAGCACCGGCAUCAAACCAAGAAAUCCAACCUUCGAUCCCUUGCUGACAUUGGGAAGACCGUCUCCAGUGCAAGUAGGAUGUUUACCAACCCUGAUAAUGGUAGCCCAGGCAUGACCCAUAGGGAUCUGACCUCCUCCAGUCUGAAUGACAUUUCUGAUAAACCAGAGAAGGACCAGCUGAAGAACAAGUUCAUGAAAAAACUGCCUCGUGAUGCAGAAGCCUCCAACGUGCUUGUUGGUGAGGUCGACUUCUUGGAUAUGCCUUUCAUUGCCUUUGUUCGACUACAGCAGGCUGUCAUGCUGGGAGCCCUAACUGAGGUCCCUGUGCCCACCAGGUUCUUAUUCAUUCUCCUAGGUCCUAAGGGGAAAGCCAAGUCCUACCACGAGAUUGGCAGAGCCAUUGCCACCUUGAUGUCUGAUGAGGUGUUCCAUGACAUUGCUUAUAAAGCAAAAGAUAGGCAGGACCUGAUUGCUGGCAUUGAUGAGUUCCUAGAUGAAGUCAUUGUCCUUCCUCCUGGGGAGUGGGAUCCAGCGAUCAGGAUAGAGCCUCCUAAGAGUCUUCCAUCAUCUGACAAAAGAAAGAAUAUGUACUCGGGUGGAGAGAAUGUUCAGAUGAAUGGGGACACACCCCAUGAUGGAGGCCAUGGAGGAGGAGGACAUGGGGACAGUGAAGAAUUACAGAGAACUGGACGGUUCUGUGGCGGACUAAUUAAGGACAUUAAAAGGAAAGCACCAUUUUUUGCCAGUGAUUUUUAUGAUGCUUUAAAUAUCCAGGCGCUGUCAGCAAUUCUCUUCAUUUAUCUGGCAACUGUAACUAACGCCAUCACUUUUGGAGGGCUGCUUGGGGAUGCCACCGACAACAUGCAGGGCGUGUUGGAGAGCUUCCUGGGCACAGCUGUUUCUGGAGCCGUCUUUUGCCUCUUUGCUGGCCAGCCACUCACUAUUUUGAGCAGCACUGGACCUGUUCUAGUUUUUGAGAGGCUUCUAUUUAAUUUCAGCAAGGACCAUAAUUUUGACUAUUUGGAGUUUCGCCUUUGGAUUGGCCUGUGGUCAGCCUUCCUGUGUCUCGUUUUGGUCGCCACCGAUGCCAGCUUCUUGGUUCAGUACUUUACUCGCUUCACUGAAGAGGGCUUCUCUUCUCUGAUUAGCUUCAUCUUUAUCUAUGAUGCUUUCAAGAAGAUGAUCAAGCUUGCCCAUUACUACCCCAUCAACGCUGACUUCAAAGUGGGCUACAAUACACUCUUUUCCUGUGCCUGUGUGCCGCCCAACCCAGUUAAUAUCUCACUAUCUAAUGAUACCACAUUGGGUCCAGAGGAUUUGCCAACUACGUCUUCUACUGAUAUGUACCAUAACGCCACGUUUGACUGGGCGCUUUUGUCGAAGAAGGAGUGUUUGAAAUAUGGAGGAAAGCUCGUGGGGAACAACUGCGACUUUGUUCCCGAUAUCACACUCAUGUCUUUCAUCCUCUUCUUGGGCACCUACACCUCUUCUAUGGCUCUGAAAAAAUUCAAAACUAGUCGUUAUUUUCCAACCAUGGCAAGAAAACUGAUCAGUGAUUUUGCCAUUAUCUUGUCCAUUCUCAUCUUUUGUGUAAUAGACGCCCUGGUAGGUGUGGACACUCCAAAACUAAUUGUGCCAAGUGAGUUCAAGCCAACAAGCCCGAACCGCGGCUGGUUUGUUCCGCCAUUUGGCGCAAACCCCUGGUGGGUGUACCUUGCAGCUGCUAUCCCUGCUUUGUUGGUCACCAUUCUGAUUUUCAUGGACCAGCAAAUCACAGCUGUGAUUGUAAACAGGAAGGAACAUAAACUCAAGAAAGGAGCUGGAUAUCACCUGGAUCUCUUUUGGGUGGCCAUCCUUAUGGUGGUGUGCUCCUUCAUGGCUCUUCCAUGGUACGUGGCUGCUACUGUCAUCUCCAUUGCUCACAUCGACAGUUUGAAGAUGGAGACAGAGACGUCUGCACCUGGAGAGCAACCAAAGUUUCUUGGAGUGAGGGAACAAAGAGUCACUGGAACCCUUGUGUUUAUUCUGACUGGUCUGUCAGUCUUUAUGGCUCCCAUCUUGAAGUUUAUUCCCAUGCCUGUACUCUAUGGUGUUUUCCUAUACAUGGGGGUAGCAUCCCUUAAUGGUGUCCAGUUCAUGGAUCGUCUGAAGCUGCUUCUGAUGCCUCUGAAGCAUCAGCCUGACUUUAUCUACCUGCGCCAUGUCCCUCUGCGCAGAGUCCACCUGUUCACUUUCCUGCAGGUGUUGUGUCUAGCUCUGCUCUGGAUCCUCAAGUCAACUGUGGCUGCUAUCAUUUUUCCAGUCAUGAUCUUGGCACUUGUAGCUGUCAGAAAAGGCAUGGACUACCUCUUCUCCCAGCACGACCUCAGCUUCCUCGAUGAUGUCAUUCCAGAAAAGGACAAGAAAAAGAAGGAAGAUGAGAAGAAAAAGAAAAAGAAGAAAGGAAGUCUGGACAGUGACAAUGACGAUUCUGACUGCCCAUACUCAGAAAAAGUUCCAAGUAUAAAAAUUCCAAUGGACAUCAUGGAACAACAACCUUUCCUAAGUGAUAGCAAACCUUCUGACAGAGAAAGAUCACCAACAUUCCUUGAACGCCACACAUCAUGCUGAUAAAAUUCCUUUUCUUCAGUCUCUCGGUAUGCCAAGUCCUCCUAGAACUCCAGUAAAAGUUGUGCCUCAAAUUAGAAUAGAACUUGAGCCUGAAGACAAUGAUUAUUUCUGGAGGAGCAAGGGAACAGAAACUACAUUGUAACCUGUUUGUCUUUCUUCAAACUAACAACUGUUGUUAACAUUCUUGUUUUUGGUCUGGUUGUUUAUUUUUUAAUUUUCAUUUUGUUUUGGUUUUUGGCCAUUGGCCAAAUAAUACAGUGCUCGCUCUGCUUCUCUCUUGCAUAGAUAAAAUUAAGGCAACAGUGCACCAUUCCUUAAAAACAACAUCUGAAGAACCCCCUUUUUGUUCUUAUACGUUCAGAUGUAUCCUCUGACAACCAAAUUACUCUGUCCCACAAGACACGCACAGACCCUGUCCUUUUCCUUUUAAAGCAGAGGGCAAAAGUAUUAAGGAUUUUAUAACACCUUUUAUUCAAAGAUUGAAGGAACUUUCCACUUUAGCUUUGGAGCUGUGCUUAUUGGCUUGUCUUCCUGUCUGGUAGAACAAACCUUGACCUUCAGAUAGAGUUUCUUCUUGCUUAUAGAGCUCUCCAGAACUGGAAAAGUGCUGCUAUUCUAACUUGCUCUUGCUUAUGAACCCUAAUCCUAGAGUUAUCAAAAGAAGACAAACUAAAGGUACUUUAUUUCCUGUAGAAAAACUAUUGCCAUCAUUGUAGCAAGUACUGGAAUGUCCCUUUUUUCCUAUGCAACUUUUUUUAACCCUUUAAUGAACUUAUCUGUUGAGUACAUUUGAAGAAUAUUUUUCUUCCUAGAUUUUGUUGUUUAAAUUAUGGGGCCUAACCUGCAACUUAUUUUUUGUCAAUUUUUUAAACUUUUUUUUAAUUACUGUAAAGAAAAAUGAAUUUUUUCCUGCAGCAGGAAACAUAGUUUUGAGUAGUUCUACCUCUUAUUUGUAGCUGCCAGGCUUUCUGUAAAAAUUGUAUUGUAUAUAAUGUGAUUUUUACACACAUACACAAUCUUUAGAGUAAGCCAGAGGGCUUGAGCAAAUGAAAAACACCGUGUUUCUAAGCAUCCAUUUUUCCCUUUCUUUAAAAGAAAUUUAUCUGUUCUAUGAAGGAGACUGGGGAAGAAGGGAGAAACUUCUAUGUAAUGAAAAUAGCUGAUGUUUUGAUAAUAGCAGUAUCUGGGCAUAGAUGCUAAUUGUAUUAUCAUGUCGAUGUCCUAUGCAGUAUUGUUAGAUAUCUUCUUUCAUUUUGACAUAUUUGUGUGUUGGUGAAUGUACUCUGUGUGGCUGGUGCACUUACAUGCCAGGUUCGAGACAGAACGAUGGCAGGCACAGGACAGAGUCACCCCGCCUCUCGUGUCAGUUUUCAUAAAACCCAAACCACACAUGAAAAAUCCAUCAGAGGUCCAGGAGACUUACCAUUAUGCCAAUGAGGGUGAGUGUAUUUUAUUAUCCAGAUAUCAGUAGCCAUCACUGAUACAAUAGCCCAUACUUAUAAUACAAAAUCCAUAGAAAUAUCAAUAGACCGUUUUCACAUCUAUAAAGUGUUUAGGGGACUACAGAUGGAUCUACAGAGGAAAUGUGUAUGCAUUUUAAUAAGACUCGCACAUCUGUUAGGGUGGAAAGGCCAUUAUCCCCUGUGAUUGGGAGGGUUAGACUAUAUAUAUUAAUAAGUAAUAAUAACAUUGAAAAUUAGAAAAAAGAAAAUACUAACUAAAUCACAAUGUUAUUUAAAUAAAAUGUUUUAAUAGGUUGAAUUAUGCAUUAUGAAUCUGCAUUAAAAACAUUGACGUGUUGGGUCCAUUUUUGGAUUUAUACAGUCAUGUUUUGCAAUAUAUCCUAAGGAACACAGAGUUGGCAGGGCACAGAAGCAGAAUGAAGCCGCCCGUCUUGGUUUCAUAAUACAUACAUAGUGACUGCUACUUACUCUUAUGUUAGGUAAACUAUAAUUCUGUCCUUUUAAAAUUUUGAUUAUAAAAAAUUUAUUCUGAAUUAGCUGUUACUUUUAUAGUAUCUGAUAAUCUUAAAACCUUCAAUUUUAUACAAAUUAGACAUAAGCAACCUGCAAUUUUUUCAUUCAAAUGAAGGUGGCAAAUUACCUGUUAUUCAUUAAAACCUCACAUGCCAAAUUAUGGCAUCAUGUUUAUAUUUACAGCUAUCCUUAAAGUGAUUACUCCAUAUUAUCUAGUUUUUAUUACCCUAAGAUAAAAUAAAAUAAGAAGCUUGUCUCUCUUUCUUGUUUUUAACUGAUGGGAGCAUCAAUAAAAUGUGUAAAAGCCAUGUCUAACAUGUUCAGCCCAACCUAAGAAGUUAAAUUAAUGACAUUUUGUUGACUUUUAUAAAAUCUCUAGAUAAAAUAAUUUAAUUUUUUCAUCAUGAAUCAAGUAUUUGAAGAUUCAUCCCCUUUCCAUUCCUUUCAAAAUACUCCUAAAACAACUUAACUCAGUAUUUCAGCCUUGGAGUAGAUCUAACAGCUAUGUGCACCUCUGUUUAUGAUCCAUAUUCAAUGACAGGUUGAUAUGCAAAAUAUAAAUGCAGAAUAAUACGUUAUGUUGGCUAAAAGGAUCAGUUAGUAUCAAACCUUUUCAAUAUUUUGGAACCCAGGGAAGUAUUUUAAAAAUCAUAACUUUCAGAGGAGUAGAAGUAAGCAAACAAACAAAACCAGAGGUCUACACAGAGCCAUAAAAUUAUCUCUAUUUUAAUGGAAUUUACUUAUUAUUUAGGAACUAACCAGAGUGUGUGGUUUUGUUUCUAUGUAAACUGGACACACCCAACACACUAGUAAGAUUUUACAGUGUUCCUCCCUGACGUGAAUAUGGAGAAAAAAGUGUAAGUUGUUAGAAGUAAAGAACUAAGUGUAGACUCAGAAUUGUUCACCAGAAGUGUAUGGUUGUACAGACUUAUUGUCCGAAGGAGAGAUCACUAGGUCAAGAGUCUGCCUUAUGGGAGCAAAAAAGUCUCUGGUUUUGUAUUUGAAAGAAAAAUCUCUUAGAGGCACUGUUUUGCUUGAUAAAAGCCCAUCUUCUGUACAAGGUGAAACUAGGCUCUGGAACCCUAAUAAUUUUGUGUGCCAUAGGCAGUAUGUUCCAGGCAGUUCUUCCAGUCAAGCUGUGGAGUGGGGUGGGGGCUGGAGGCAUAAAGAAGUAGGGAAAAGAACCCUCUUUAAUCGGCCCCCACCUCAGAAAUGGGGGAGAGGGAGUAGUUGUCUGCCUUCAGUAAUUCAGUUGUGUAUAUUUUAUGCACACGCACCAACACACAUAGAGUAAAUCUUUUAUCAGCUCUAUAUUGGUGUUUAAUACAGUGAAUGAUUGUCUUCCGAGUUUUGGUUCUUUUUUUUUUUUAACUAUGUUAAAGUACUUGAAUUGUAUUGACUGCUGACUGUCUUUAAAAAACAAAACUAUUUGAGUUGUAUUACAGAGGUUGACAUUGUUCAGGGAUGGGACAAAGCUUUCUUCAACCCUUUUCAUACCACUUAACAAUUUUGGUGCAGGAUCAUGAGAUUUUCGUAUUUAUUUCAUAUUUCACAUCUGCUCUUCACAGCAUGAGCAUGAAGCCCAGUGGCACCAAGUGGUUGACUACAAUCCAAUAAUAUUUUAUGGCACUUGACUAUCUGAAGGGCCUUGAAAGUUUUCAGAUGAUAAUUUCAUUGAGCUUCAUUGCAGCCUGAAGUAAAAGUUUUGUGAUAAAUGCAAAUAUUGAGUUGUAUUUUGACCAGAUAUUUGAGUGUGUCCUAUUUCUUGGCUUAUUUCUUUGUGUUCUGUGGGUACAUACAAAAAUCCAGAAUUCUAUUUCCUAGGCAAAUAUUGCAACUCAGGGCUAAUGUCAUCCAGUGAAACUUUUAGAGCCAGAAGUAACUUUGUCCCAUUCCUACAAUGUGAAAAGCGUGAAUAGUUGCCUCUUUUUAGCCAUUUUCAUGGCUGGUACAUAUUCGUACACAUUACUUUUCAGAAUCAAUAUGCACUUUCAGAUAUUUUUAUUCUCUUAAGUCUUUAUUAACUUUGGAGAAAUGAUGCAUCUUUUUAUUUUAAAUGAAGUAGAUCAACAUGGUGGAACAAAAUGAUAAAGAACAGAAAACAUUUCAAUAUAUUACUAAUAAUUUUUUCCAAUAUAAAGCCUAAAAUUCCUAUAACAACAUAGUAUUUUACAGUUUUAUGAAGCUUUCUAUUGUGACUUUUAUGGAAUUAAGAGAUGAAGAAGAUGAGAUAUUUUAGCAUUUAUAUUUU